AUGGCUUCUUCAAAUGAUGAUUGGAAGCCAAGACUUGGAAUGGAAUUUGACACUAGAGAAGAGGCUGAACAGUUUUAUCUUGCUUAUGGUUUACGUGAGGGCUUCGGAGUUAGAGUACGCUUUACAAACUGGAAGAAAGACGGUAGUGUAUCGUCAUGUAGGUUUGUUUGUUGUAAGGAAGGAAUACGGAAGAAAGAGGAUAAAUGUGCAUAUGAAGGAAAAAUUCGGAGAGGCGAGACUAGAACGAAAUGCUUAGCAAGAAUUACACUUUCGAGUAAAAAUGGAAAGUUGGUUAUCAAUGAGUUUGUAGAAAACCAUAACCAUGAUCUACUAAAUCGAGAGACAACGCACAUGCUUCGAUCACAUAGAAAGAUAACUGAAGUACAAGCAUAUGAGAUUGAUAUGGCCGAUGACUCUGGAUUAAGGCAGAAGGAAGUGUAUCAACUUAUGAGCACACAUGCAGGGCAUAGCGCUAAUGUUGGAUUUACAGAGGUGGAUGUAAGAAACUAUAUCACUACAAAAAGACAAAGAAGUAUGGUGUAUGGUGAUGCUGGAUAUCUUUCACAGUAUUUUCAACGACAGUUGUUGGAGAAUCCGUCCUUCUUUUAUGCAUAUCAGAUGGAUAUAGAUGAACAGAUUACAAAUGUGUUCUGGUGUGAUGCAAAUAUGAUUUUGGAUUACGGGUAUUUUGGUGAUGUUGUUUCAUUGGACACCACAUAUUGUACCAACGAUGCCAAUAGACCGCUUGCCUUUUUUUCUGGUUUCAACCAUUAUAGAGGUUCGAUCAUUUUUGGUGCAGCUCUAAUGUAUGAUGAGACAAUUCCAUCAUUUAAAUGGUUGUUUGAAACAUUCUUACAAGCACACAACAACAAAAAACCAAAGACGAUCUUCACUGACCAAGAUCAAGCAAUGUCUAGGGCACUUGAAGAAGUGAUGCCUGAGACUCACCAUGGUUUAUGCACAUGGCAUUUGUUGCAGAAUGGAAUUAAACAUCUUGGAAACAGGAUGAAGAAAGGAGCUUCUUUGCUAACAGAUUUCAGCAAGUGCAUGUAUGAGAUUGGCAUUGAAGCAGAUUUUGAGAAAGCUUGGUUUGACUUGGUCAAUGAACAUAAUCUUCAUGGAACAACUUGGAUCAACUCAGUUUAUGAAAUAAAAAAAAAAUGGGCUGCAUGUUAUAUGAAGGAAGCAUUAACACUUGGCAUGCGAAGUACACAAGUUAGUGAAAGUUUGAAUGCUCACUUUAAAUGUUGUCUAAAACCGAAUUUGGGUAUCCUGCAAUUCUUCAAACAUUUCGAAAGAGUUGUUGGGGAGAAGAGAGAAAAAGAACUGAAAUGUGAUUAUGAGUCCUCACAUAAGCUUGCAAGGUUAGUGUAUGAAACUUCACCAUUACUAAUCCAAAUGGGAAAGAUAUACACACACACUAUAUUUGAGUUGUUUCAAAACGAGUUUAAGUUAUUCUUGGCUUUGUCUAUACCUAUUAGACAUGAAACUGACUCUCUAUGUGAAUAUGUCAUUACUAAUACGAAACAUGAAGGAUCUUUUAGAGUGUCAUUUAAUCGUGUUUCAACUUCCAUUACUUGUAGUUGUAAGAAGUAUGAUACAUUUGGCAUACUUUGUUCCCAUGCAUUAAAAGUGUUUGAGCUGAACGAUGUUAAAGUGAUUCCUGAUAUGUAUAUUUUAAGAAGGUGGACAAGAGAAGCCCGUUGUGGCAUUGUGCAAGAUUUUAGGGGAAAAGAGGUUGAACAAGAUCCUAAGUUGUCUAGAAAUCGAAUGUUCAGACAAGUUGUCUCUAAGUUCAUUAGAGCGGCAACUGUAGCAGCAUCGCAUAGUGAAGAAAGUCUCAUGUUUGUUGAUAAAAGUGUAGAUGAAAUGUUCAAGAAAGUAACAGAAUGUCCAACACAAGGUAGAGACAAUGACAACGAUCAUCCAUCAUUUGUGAGUUCUGAUGCUAUGCAACCAAAGGGAUUCAAGAAACAACCCAGCUCAAAGGGAACUAAGCGACAUAAAAGUUUCCUUGAGCGUCAGCCCAAGAAAAGAAGUGCUCCUCCAAGUAAACACGCUCAAUCUAGCCGUGUCGCACCUCAAAGAAGUUCACAGGUUAGAGAAUUAACAACUAAUAUGGUUGAUGGAGUAUCUUGUUCCGCGCCUCCAACUUAUGAGCCCCCGCUAGCACGUGAGGAUAUGUUUGUUAGUCACACAACUAUGUUGAUGGCACCUUUUGAUGAUACAAAUAUUGGAGCAUUACUUUGA